AAGAGCGAGAGAGAAAGAGAGAGAGUGAAUCACAGUGACCUCUCAACACAAUCAGAUUGCAGAGAUGGCUUCAAUGACCAUGUCAGCCUCACUCCUUGGAGGCAUAAACGCCUGCCAACGGAAAUCCACAGCUACCCAUAGCAGACUAGUUGUUGCUAAGGCUGUUGAAGCUAAACAAGUCACAUUGAGAAACAACAAUGAUGGGAAGAAUGAGAGUAGCAGUGGAAGGAGGGACUUGAUGUUCGCAGCAGCAGCAGCAGCAGCUGCUGUCUGCUCGGUUGCAGGUGUUGCGGUCGCCGGUGAGGGGCCAACACGUGGAUCCGCAGAAGCUAGGAAGAUCUAUGCUCCCAUCUGUGUUACCAUGCCAACAGCUCGUAUCUGUCACAAAUGAUGGAACAUUUUAAAUUUUAAUGGUCAUCUGAGUUGCUUGUAUUUAAUUGUGUAAUUGGUAUUUGGAGAACUUUGUUAAAUUAAAUGUCUUCUCUU